AUCUGAAUCGCAACAGAAUACAGCAGAUUGAAGGACUUAUAUUCGAACGUUUAAAUUCCUUAGAAACUCUUAAAAUAAAAUAUAAUAAUAUCAAUCAGUUAUCUGAUGGCGCAUUCUUUGGUCUCAAUAAUAUUAAAUCUUUACAUAUUGAUCAUAACAAUAUUACAGGAGUUGAUAAAAGAUGGCUUUAUGGUUUAUCAUCAUUACAACAUCUAUCAUUAAGUCAUAAUACAAUAUCAAAAAUAGAUAACUUUAGUUGGGAAUUCUGUAAGCAGCUUAAAGAACUGAAUCUUAGUUAUAAUGAAUUAAGAAGUAUUAAUAAAGAAAUGUUAAAGAAUUUGAAUUCAUUGAGGAAAUUACAUCUUUCAUAUAAUUAUAUAUUAUAUAUUGAAGAAGGAUCAUUUCGUUCUUUGAGUUCACUUCAUAUUCUAGAACUAAAUAAUAAUGAAAUUUCUUGGACUAUUGAAGAUACAAAUGGUGCCUUUGUUGGUAUGGGAAAAUUAAAGAAACUUAAUUUAGCUCAUAACCAUAUUAAAUCUGUUGCAAAGAAGGCAUUUGUAGGUCUUCCACGUCUACAAACUUUAGAUCUUACCUACAAUCCAAUAACUUCCAUUCAAAAAGAUGCUUUUUCUGAGCUAAGAAGAUUGCAAGAAUUACGAUUCAACAGUAGCAGUUUACUUUGUGAUUGCUCACUCCAAUGGUUUCGUGAAUGGUUAGAAUUAUUUAAAUUCCAGCAGUCUGUCAUAGCUAAUUGCAAUCAUCCAGAAUGGUUAAAAAAUAAAAGUGUUAUUGAAGUCAAUUCUAAAAAUUUUACUUGUGAUGAUUUUCCUAAACCUUAUAUUACUGAACAUCCUCAAACCCAAGUAGCUUUGAAAGAUGAUAAUAUAACCCUUGUAUGCAAAGCAGCCAGCAGUAGUAAUUCUGUAACAACUUUUCUGUGGAAGAGAAAUAAUGAGAUACUAAAAGAUGCAGAAGUAGAAAAUUUUGCCACUGCUGGUAAAGGUUCAAUUAUUGACUAUGCAAGUUUAUUACAUAUACGUUUUAUCAAUGACAAUGAUAAAGGAGAAUAUCAGUGUGUCAUCUCUAAUGAGUUUGGUUCAGUUUAUUCUCAGAAAGCUCAAAUAACAAUUCAUGUAUUUCCAACAUUUACUAAAACACCUGAAGACAUUACUGUUAAAGUUGACAGUGUUGCAAGGUUAGAAUGUGCGGCUGAAGGUUCUCCAACACCUGAAAUAGCUUGGCAGAAAGAUGGUGGAGAUGAUUUUCCUGCUGCAAGAGAAAGAAGAAUGCAUGUCAUGCCAAGUGAUGAUGUAUUUUUUAUUGUUGAUGUAAAACCAUUUGAUAUGGGUGUCUAUACUUGUACAGCCAAAAAUGAUGCUGGAAUUGUUAUGGCCAAUGCAUCCCUCACUGUACUAGAAACCCCAUCAUUUGUUAGAGCAAUGAAAGAUAAAGAAACUAAAUCAGGAGAAACAGCUGUCUUAGAAUGUUUUGCUUCUGGUAGUCCAAAACCUAAACUAACUUGGCUAAAAGAUGGUGGACCACUCAUUCCAACAGAGAGACAUUUUUUUACAGUAGAUAAUCAAUUAUUAGUAAUAGUGCAAAGUCAAGUUUCUGACAGUGGUGAAUAUACAUGUGAAAUGUCUAAUACUCUAGGAACAGAAAGAGAUUCAUCUUACUUGACUAUUUAUUCAGAUUCUGACAGAGAAUCUGGAUCACAAGAUGAUAGUACAGCUACUGGUAUAAUUGUUAUAGCAGUUGUGUGUUGUGUAGUAGGUACGUCACUAGUUUGGAUAAUCAUUAUAUAUCAAACAAGAAAACGUGCUGAGGAAUAUGCACCAACUAAUUCUGAUGAAGCAGCUAUACCAAGUGAAUUAGCACCAUUUGCUACUUAUCCUACUACUUGUACUGAAGAAUAUAAAGAAUCUGUCCCACAUUUGUUCUUGGAUUCAAAUUCUGAACAUUCCAGCAAAGAUAGUGGGACAGGUGAUAGUGCCAAGCACAGUAAUGAUGAACUUCUUCCUUCUGAUGGUGUGAAACAUCACAGUCUCAUUUUAUUAAAUGAUAGAACACAUCUCACUCAUUUAGUAAGAGGUUCCAGUUUAGGGAGCAUUAUGGGAGCUCAGAGUGAUAUUUCGGAUGACAUUGGUCAGAGCUGUCCAAGUACAUACACCACUACAGGAAGUGGUCAGAGUAGUGCUGGAACUCCACAACAGCAUACACCACUACUCCACAACAACCACACUUCAAAAACUUCCAAAAAGAAUAGUUACUGUUGCAAUCCUAGUGAUUUGAAAAACAUUCAUGAUAAAUUAAGUAAAGCACCUGUAAUUCCACCAAGUGAGGUCACGCGGUGGCCUGUUUUCUCUCCCAGCCGAUCUUUUUCGGCAGAACAUCUCAUUAAUAAAAGAAAUGAGAAACCAAUAUUUCCCAGAAAUGACUAUGCUGAUACUUCAAAAAAUUCCUCCAAUGAAAAAUUGGACACUCUCUGUGGGAGUGCAAAUUUAGAAAGAGAUUGUGCCACUUCUGGUUUUCCUCACACCUCUUCGCCAGCUUCGAAUCACAGUUGGAGUAUGGGUUCUCUACAUCCUUCGAGGCCAUCAUCUGCUGAUCAAGAUGACACAAAAAACAUUUCUAUUGAUCUUCUGUCAGUAGAACAGACUUCUGGUAACAGUCCAAUGUUAUCUAAGCUUUCCAAAAACUCUGUUGUGUCUUCAACACCACACAACAAUACAAAACAGUUUCCCACACAGAGGGUUGCUGGAUUGACGUCUGACUCAUCUAUGCAUGUAGGGAUUGUAUAGCAUCAUCAAUUCUACGUGAAAAGACCCUGUACAAUUAAAUAGCGUGCCAUUGUUUUUAUUAAUAUUAUUAUUAUUAUAUUAUUAUUAUUAUUUUGUUAAUGUACAGAAGUCUUUUCGACAUGCUGCAGUCAUUUGUGAGAAAAAGAAGCAUGCAAGAAGACUUAUCAUUGACAGAGAUCAAGUUGUAAGAUUUUACUUAGUUUGAUCCAUUGUAAAUUAUGCAUAGAUGUAUAGAAAAAAAUUUAUUAAGAUUACUGUCAAAUUUAUAGGAAAUAUUCCUAUUUCUCAAUUUGAUGAUGAAGCUUUUACGAAUACAACGUCGGAUGUCACACACAUGUUCAUGUAUAUUUGUGUGCAUGUAUGAGUGAGUCAGUGUGAAAGUGAUAAAUUUCAUUGUUAAGUUUCUUCAUUCUGUAUAUAAUAUUGUACAGUUAAAUUCAUCAUCCAUCAGAAAGAUGUAAAAAUAGGGAAACAAACAUUUUGUUGUAAAUUCUAUUACAAGAAAAAAAAGAAAAGAAAAUAUUGAAUUUUAAUGAGAAUAUUCAAAAUUAAGCAGAUAACUUAUAACAACCCAAAACACUUGGUUACGUCAGGAUCACAUUAAUUAAUGGCAUUAUUUUUAUUACUAACUAAUUUCAUAUAUUAUUAUGCAUUCCUAUGUUAGAUCAAACAGUUUUAUUUUAAAGUUGACAAUAGGAUAAAUUAUCCAGAUAAUAAUUAAUUCCCACCUAAAUAUAUUUGGGCACUGCAUAUAUACUAUAUUUGUAUUUGUGUCUGUUGCAUAAGGUUUCUUGAAAUUGGUAAUCUUAAAUCAUUAUCAAAAAUAGGAAGUUCACUAAAAUAUUUUCAGUUUGUUGAAAAAUUAAUAAUAAAAUUACAAAAUUUCAUUUAUUUAAAUGCUGAUUUUUAUUUUAAACAAAUCAAAAACAUUUAUAGUGAUUGAUCAUUUAUUUUAUCAAAUUUUGGUUAAACCAUGAUAAUAAAUGAUUGAGUCCUAAAAUGUUAAGUUGUUUAAAAUAAAAAAAAAGCUCCUAAAUGUAUAGAAAGUUUGUAAUUUUUGAAGAGUUUUCCGAUAUUUAUUUGAAUAUAUUUUGUGUAUUUAGUUAGAUUGUCAUAAAAUUUUAAAAUAGUGAAAUGACAAGUUAAACUGUGCCAUAGAUGCGGUCAAAAUUUUAAUUAGAAAAUAUUUGGUUGCCAAAAAAAAAAUAUGGUUUCUAUAUUUUGUUCUGUUCUGUUUUUCCUUCAUGUUCAUAUUGUUAAAAAAGUCAGAGAAAUAUCAUUCUGUAAAAUAUAUUGUUAAUAUAUAUAUAUAUUUUUUUUUGUAUAUAGUCACCAAAUAGCGUUUGCCAAGAUUUUGUUUUAGUUCAAGUGAAUCUGUUGUAGUUUAUAAUAUGAUAAAUGCAGCAUUUUGCAAAUUUCAGGUGUAAUUAUCAGACGGGUAUUUUGCAAUUAUGUUCAACGAAAAAAAUUAAGAUUCUUGACAGGAUAAACUAUGGGCAGCAACGUCAGCUAUGCAAUCAAUCUUUUGUACGCACCGCAUUUUCUAAUUAAAUAUUUCGGUUUAUUUUAUGAUAAAAUGAAAAAAAAAGUAGCAACUGUUCAAUAAUUUAACUGUGAAUUUUAUUCUUCUUUAUUAUUGGAUAGUUUUUACUUUUUAAAAUGUAUUUAAUGAAUAUUCAUUAUUAGUAUAAUGAAUAAAUUAACUAAAACUUUCAAAUGUAUAAAUAUAUAUAUAUUUCUUUGCACUAAAAAUUAUUUAUUUCUUUAAAAAAAGUUUCCUGUCUUGUUAAGUAGUAUGAUAGUCCCACAGAUUGUGUAUUAUAUUGUGAUGUAUGUAAGAAUUCUAUUGUGUAUAUAUUGAUGGUUCAUUUAAUCACUGUGCCAUAAUGAAAAAAGUCUAGUAAGAGUGGCCAUAAGAGUGUACGAUGAUUGUUAUUUAUUUGUUAGAAAAAACGUAAAAAUUAAUAAUAAUAAUAAUGAUAAUAAUAAUAAGCAGCACUUGACAUUACUAUUUUCUUCUAUGCUUCCAUUUCUUUGUUCUGUAUGGAGUUGGUAAUUCGUAAUCUUCCAAAUAUUUAACAAAGAAAAAAAGGAUCAAAUUGAUUUUUUUACAUAUAAAGGGUGCUAAAUAGACAACGAAAUGCGCUUUUGAUUUUUUGCAAAAAGAUGUAAAAGUACUUUUUACUAUUUAUAAAAAAAAAAAAAAAUGCAAACCGUCCUAGAGAGGUGGUUCUAUAGAAUUUCAAUAUGCAAAGCACCACCAACGUGCCUGCUUAAAACUUAAAUUAUAUAAAUAUAUAUUAUUUUGAUCUUUCACUGACAAGAAAUUUAAAACGUGAGAAAGUUUCCAACUCUGUCCAAAACGAAGGAUUUUAUUGUCCAGAGAAAAAAAAUUAAAAAUACCAAAAAAAAAAAAAAAAACGGGUUGAUGUCAUGUUGUGUUGGUGUGACUAUUGUGAAAAAUUAAUUAACCGAAAGUAUUAAAAAUCUGUUUCGGAAUAAUUGUAAACAAACUCAUAAGUAUAGAAAAUGGUCAGUCUGUUCUUUCAUGAAAUGCAGUAAUGAAGUACCUGGUGUUUAAAUCAAUUCCUUUCGUCUGUUCUUUUCGAUGGUAAAAACAAGUGUUGUGAAAUAAUGUGUGUGUAAUCAUAAAUGAAUCUCCCCUAUUUAAAAUAAUGGGAAUUAAUAAAAGUCAUCUACACAAUA